AUGGCAUCAACAAGAGCACUGCCUAGUCUGGUGUCUCGUACCAACUUUGUAUCAGCUCUCCCCUUAGGUGCUGGUCGAGGCAAAGCGAUUUUACCUACUGUAGGAGCAUCAGCAUCAUCCCAUGGAGACCAUCACGCUCCAUCCGCUUGGGGCCCUAAACCAAAUGUAAAUGGCGCCGUCCUAUCUCACACUACCUCAUACACUGGCAAAAUCGGACUAAUUCAACAAAAGAGAUUCGCACACCACGCAUCGCCAGUCACCAUCGCAAACGAAGACUCGAACGUAUUCUCUCCCCCUGAAACUCAACAAGCCUACAAAGUAGACAUGAAAUCCUACGACGAGGACUCGGCUCGUGUAUACAACUACUUUAUGUUUGGCUCCCUCUCCGUACUGGGGGCCGUCGCUGCCAAAUCCAUAGUCACGGACUUUCUAGUCAACUUGGCUGCCUCUGCCGAUGUAUUGGCAAUGGCCAAAGUAGAAGUAGAAAUGGCUGCUAUACCUGAAGGAAAGAAUGUCAUUCUCAAAUGGAGAGGAAAACCAGUCUUUAUACGUCACAGAACUGCUGCCGAGAUCGAAGAGGCUAAUAAUGUCAAUAUGGCUGAACUACGAGAUCCGGAAACUGAUGCUGCUCGUGUAAAGGAUCCUCAAUGGCUCGUUAUGUUGGGUGUAUGCACUCACUUGGGUUGUGUGCCAAUCGGUGAAGCUGGCGAAUAUGGUGGAUGGUUCUGCCCUUGUCACGGUUCCCAUUAUGAUAUCUCGGGUCGUAUUAGGAAGGGCCCUGCACCACUUAACUUGGAAGUCCCUGAAUAUGAUUUGAACGAGGCGGAAGGAAAGAUCGUCAUUGGUUAA